ACAUUUGUGUUUGACGAGUUUGUGUUGGCAUCUUCCACAACUGUGUAGGUAUAGUUCGGCAGUAGCAAAUGGUGAUCGCAGCAAGCAGUAAAUAUGAUGCCUGAAUCUUCCUUCCAAAAACUGAACGACGAAACAUUUCCGGCCAGUUUGCUGAUGGAAUUCGAUGAGCUGGAUGAUGAUAUUCCUAUUAGCCCACCGCGAACCCAUGAGCCGGUUAACGUUAUGUCCGCUCCAGGUUCUCGAUCACCGGUAGCAGCUUCUCAAACAUCAAACUCAUCCAGCGGAAACUACAGUCUUUCAACGGAGAACGACAAUGGCAGUGGUUCAAGCAACUCAAGACAUACGUUCGUAAAGUUCCGCCCUUUAUCGAGUAAACAUCAAAGUUCGGUCAAUAAUUCAAGUAACCCUGUCAAACAAUCUAGAAUUAGUCCGGCAACCUCCAAGCCACAGAAACGAGCAAAAUCGGAAGAAAAUCUCCUGGGCAGCAAUGUUUGGUAUGCGAAAAAUGGUGGCGUUCCCAGAUCUCAGAAAUAUGGGCACGUCAAAAGUAAGGUAAAGCAGUACAUAGAAGAAACGCUUAGCCAGCAUACUCGACAUUCUCUGGUUCGUCAUAAAUCCAUGCCAGAAUCCAGCAUUGAAAGUGUAUUAGAACAGAAAGAGGAACAUUCGCCAGAUCAUGAUGCCAGCACUAUUCGAGGCUUGUUGGAAGAGAAAUCUACAGAAGUGAGCUACUUGCAGCGACAUUUAGAGUUCAGCGAGAUGCUACGGAGAGAUGGAAUCGCGAAAAUAGAGGUCUUAAAGCAAAAGAUUGAGGCCAUGCGCAUGGAACACUCUAUGCGUGAAAAGGAGCGCCAGCGUGAACGAGAUAUCGAAAAAGAUCUGGAUAGAAAACUUAUUCUGGCUAAUUAUAUGCGAUACAGUAGCCAAAAUUCUUUGCACAAGGCAUUUACAUCCGUCAGCACACAAACCAGCCCAGAAGCUCUGGCUGUACUCAACAAUUCUUUCAUCUUCAGCGACGAAAGCAUUGACCGUAUGCACGUUUCGAAGCUUGCUUCUAUUACUGGCGCAUCUCCUCCUCCCAGAGCCAAACGGGCCUUGACGUACGUUGCAGACUCACAGCCAGAGCGGUUUGAAUUCCUGAAUGACGAGAAUUUCAUUCCGGAUUCAGCAACGCAUCCGUGCAGUUCGCCAGACUAUCCCGAGCUAUGCCCGACUGCUGUCAUAUACCAUCAUACGCUGGAGGACAACGCGGGAGAUACGACGGAGCUUUUGAUACCAGACAAUUCCGGAACAUGCAACGAGUGCGGCAGGAAGAACAAAAAUCGCAAAAGCAAAAAAGCUCGGCUGGCCAGUUUUUUCUGCAUUAAGAAGGUUGACUAAUUUGUAAAAGUGAUUUUAAUAUUUUAUUAUUUGUGGUGGAUAUUGUCCGGACAAAUGUUUCAUUUUUUGAUUUUAAUAAAUAUAAGUUGUAACAAACAAUAAUAAA